CUGUGACCUCUCGGGCGCGGCGCGUGGCUUGGUCACAUCCCAUUCCUCCUCGCUGGGAUGCCCCCCGCUUCUAGUACUAGAAAGACUGGGCCCCAGUGGGAAAGGAGGUGGUUAGGGUGGGCUCCAGGCGCCCUCCCCCAGCCAGAGAUGCGACCCGCUCUUCCCCCCUCCCUGCUGGACCGUUAGAGGAUGGCCGUUUGCCCGCGGGGGCGCGAGAGCCGCGAGGUGCUUUGGGGGUUGGCGGGGCACCUGUGGCUGCGCCAGGUGGCACCGUCCGUGCGGCGAAGGCUGCCUGGUUCCCGCGGAGACCCCUGCGAGGAGCCAGGGACUAGGGUGACAGAGACGAAGUGGCAUGAGGGAUUGGACUGCGCACUCCAUUGAUUUACUGACAGGAGAAUUAAUCCUCAAGAAGAUUGAAGUAACCUUCAGGAUGGUGAAAGAAGAGUCCCCAAGUAUCUCAAAGGACUUGCAAGAGUUACAGAGGAAGCUGUCUUUGCUGAUAGAGUCUUUCAAGAAUAACUCAAAGGUGGUGGCCUUCAUGAAGUCUCCAGUGGCUCAGUACCUGGACAGGCAUCCUUUCCUGGCCCUAACCCUGCUGGUGUUCCUUGUCAUGUCGGCCCUUCCGGUUGGAUUCUUCCUGUUCUUUGUGGUGUUGACCUUCUUGGCUGCUCUUGUGGGAGUCAUAUUACUGGAAGGACUGGUCAUCUCCGUGGGUGGCCUCUCACUGCUUUGCGUCCUCUGUGGCUUGAGCUUUGUGUCACUCACCAUGUCGGGGGCAAUCGUAGUGUCCUACGUGGUGGUCUCCAGCCUCAUCAGGUUCUGGUUUUCUCCCAGACCCCCAUCACAGCAAAACCCCAGUGGCGACUGUCAGCUGGCUAUGAAGUCUGCAGACUUUGAGGGACUCUACCAGGAAUGACCGACCGAACAGAACCAGAGCCCUUUUCCAAGCACCUCAGGGAAGCUGUUGGAUCUCGCCCACUCCGUGGGGUCAUGACUCAAGAGAAGCUGUCUGAGUAGUCAAGACACUCCUUAGAUGUGUCUUCUGGCUUUUCCACUUUAGUGUUUGUUGGAUCCUGCAGCGGCCAAGUUGGCCAGGGUGAUGUGUCACCUCCCACUCAAGUAUGUGGUCUUGACCUUGGCAGGGAUCUGGGUUAAGACCUAGAGCCUCAGGGCUUAUGUCUACAGACCCAAGAGGAGGCAGCAAUGGGUUUCUUUUCAUUUUAUUUUUGUGUUUAGAAAUGCAGGAAGCUGUUUAUGUUUGUCACUCAUUUAAAACAAGAGGUAAAACGUAUUUUAAAACAGAGCAGGCUCUUCUGCUUUAUUCACUAUUCACUUUCAAUCAGAAAGCAUUGUACCAUUUGGGAAUAACAGCCUCCCAAAUUUGGAAAGUAGAAUCCAAACUUAACUAUAUAGCCAAGAGUCUUUUUAAAAUAAAAGUCUUAAAGGCCUGCUUUCCACUGUUACUGUUGAAUACUCAAUCCUGUUAAUUUUUUACAUAUUUGUACUUGAUACUUUUGUAUUGUUUUAAAGAACUUAUCCUGUUAAGACAUUUCUUCCAAAAAGAUUGGUAAAGGACUACAAAAUAAAAAUAAAACAUCCUGUGGA